CCACAGACCCAGCUCCGGUCUCACCCGGAUGGCGGCUGUGAGGCGCGGCAGCCGGCCCGGGGGCUCGCUCCUCGGGCUGCUCGGGCUGGUUUCGGCCGCGGCCGCCGCCUGGGACCUGACUUCGCUGCGCUGCAACUUCGGCGCCUUCUGCGAAUGUGACUUCCGGCCCGACUUCCAGGGUCUGGAGUGUGACCUGGCACAGCACCUGGCGGGCCAGCAUUUGGCCAGGGCGCUGGUGGUGAAGGCACUGAAGGCCUUCGUGCAGGAUCCAGCCCCCACCAAGCCACUGGUCCUCUCUCUGCAUGGCUGGACUGGCACCGGCAAGUCCUAUGUCACCUCCCUGCUGGCACACUACCUCUUCCGGGGUGGCCUCCGCAGCCCCCACGUGCACCACUUUUCCCCGGUCAUCCACUUCCCCCACCCCGGCCACCUGGAGCGCUACAAGAAGGAUCUGAAGAGCUGGGUCCAGGGAAACCUCACUGCCUGCAGCCGCUCUCUCUUCCUCUUCGAUGAGAUGGACAAGCUGGCCCCAGGCCUGAUAGAGGUCCUGAGACCUUUCCUGGGGUCCUCCUGGGUUGUCUAUGGGACCAACUAUCGCAAAGCCAUCUUCAUCUUCAUCAGCAACACUGGCGGCGAGCAGAUCAACCAGCUGGUGUUGGAGGCAUGGCGCAGCCGCCGGGAGCGCGAGGAGAUCCGCGUGCAGGAGCUGGAGCCGGUUAUCUCCCAGGCUGUGCUGGACAACCCGAACCAUGGCUUCUGGCGCUCCGGCAUCAUGGAAGAGCAUCUCCUGGAUGCCCUGGUGCCCUUCCUACCUCUCCAGAGGCACCACGUGCAGCACUGUGUGCUCAACGAGCUGGCCCAGCUAGGCCUGGAGCCAAGGGAUGAGGUCGUCCAGGCCGUGCUGGACAGCACCACCUUCUUCCCUGAGGACGAGCAGCUCUUUUCCUCCAAUGGCUGCAAGACUGUGGCAUCCCGGAUCGCCUUCUUCCUCUGACUCUCCAGGCAGCAUCCUUGUCUUCCUCUAUCUGGCCAGGCCGUGAAGGAAAGCCCUGGGGCCUCUGCCAGAGGGUCCCUUGUCCUGUGCCUCCUGGGACCCAGAGCACAAUAUGAAGAUGAGGAGGGCUGUUGGCUACCAUGAAACAGAAGGGCAGGGCAGGCCCCGGCCUCUUCACUGGUCUGAGGGCAUCUUGGCCUUUGCUUCCUUCCUCAGGGAAACCGCUAGUCGCCCCAGAACUUCAAUGAGCCUUGACCUCACGCUCCAGCCUGAGCCUUCUUACAAUGUGAAUUUUAACUCAGGGACGGUGGCUCGUGGCUGCUCCUUCCUUCUCUGGUCUGUUACUCUCGGCCCUGGCUCGGGCACCACACCCCGACCCUCCACCCCACACCCUAUGUCCCAGUAUCGUAAAGCCAGGCUGAGACUUCUGUCUCUGGGAACAGAGGGACUCAAGUUGCCACUUGGACUGGGCUUUUCAAGUUUUUAAUUUUGUAAACGAAGAGAACAAAUACAAUAAAUUUAGCCAUGGGACCA